GGAAACUAACUGGUUCUGGGAGGAGAAUGAUCUGAGAACCCAAAAACCAAAUUCUGAAAGCCAUUGGAAGCACAAACGUUGAGUGUACAUAUGGCACAUCCACAACCCCAAGAACAAGAGGUCGAGAGUCCUAAAAUCUCGGCCUACGACGCCUACUUCGAAACAGUCCAGUCCAGGAAGAAAUUACCAGGUCCCCUACAAGAGAAUUUGACAUUUGCAUUUUCAAAAGUUCCAGUUUCAGCUUUCCAAGGAGUUCCUGGAGGCAAAGUGAUUGAGAUUGGAGCAGAUACAUGUAUUGCUGAUGCAGUGAAGGUUCUGUCUCGACACCACAUUUUGUCAGCUCCUGUGAGGAACCCAGAAGCAGAGGCAAAUUCAGAUUGGAGUGACAAGUACCUUGGGAUCGUAGAUUACUCAGCCAUUCUUCUUUGGGUGCUGGAGACUUGUAGACUUUCUCCAUCAUUUUGUUCAGCAACUGCUGCUGGAGUUGGUGGUGCAGGAGCUAUGGGCGCCAUUGGAGCUGUUGCAUUGGGUGUCACUGGUCCUGCUGCAGUUGCAGGCCUAACUGCUGCUGCAGUUUGUUCUGCUGUGGCUGGUACUGCCCUCGGCAAAAUAGGUGCGGCUGUAGAGAAAGGGGAGGCCAAAGAUUCUCCCACAGGUGCCAAUAAUUUGAGCGAAGAUUUCGACAGCAUUAUACUACAAGAUGAACACUUCAAGUCAACCACAGUGAGGUCAAUACUUAAAUCGUUCCGAUGGGCGCCAUUCCUUCCAGUUGGGACAGACAGUUCUAUGUUGAGUGUCUUGCUGCUACUCUCAAAAUAUAGGAUGAGAAAUGUACCUGUAAUAGAACCAGGCCAACCCAACAUCAAGAACUUCAUUACUCAAUCAGCAGUUGUUCAUGGUCUUGAGGGGUGCAAAGGAAUGGAAUGGUUUGACUGCAUUGCUGCAAAGCCCAUCUCUGAUUUGGGGCUUCCUUUUAUGGUCUCUAAUGAGGUUAUUAGUGCAAAUAUCAAUGAUCCAAUACUAGAAGCUUUCAUGAAAAUGAGAGAGAACGAAGUUGGUGGUCUUCCAGUUGUGGAGGGGACAAAGAAGAAGAUAGUUGGUAAUGUCAGCAUAAGCGAUAUCAGAUACUCUUUGCUCAAACCAGAGCUCUUCUCCAAUUUCAGGUAUUAA